ACUGAGCCGCGAGCCCUGUCCCCGGAGUGGGGGCGAGUCCACCCGGGGGACGCCGAGCCCAGGGACGCUGGGGGAGGGGCGGAGGCCACAGAACGCCUGACCUGGCUGGCGACCCGCACCCACCCAGCGGCUGUGCACCCUCCCGCUCCCGCAGUCGCACACACACACCCACACGAGGGAGGAGGAGGGAGCCUUGGCACGGGAAGAGUUGGCAGUGCACAGCCCCGCGUCGCCGCCGCGGCGGGAGGGGCGCUCCAGCCCCUGGGUCAGCACGCCCCCAGAAGGAGGGGAGAAUGUGCUCUGCGCCCCCCCGCCCCCCAACCCGCACCUAGCCCCUUCACAGCAAAUGCGCUUUUUGCCCUGCGGUUGUGUGCGACAGACCUUAAACUUUCUCCGACCCUAUCUCGCUAGGGAUGCUAGGGCUCAGGUCGUGGUGGUUUCGGGAAGCUCACGACAAAAUUCCCCAGCUGACCUUUGGGAAAUUUAACUCGGGUCGUCCUGUACGGAAAGGUAGUCUAUGGGGUGCGCAGAAUGGAAAAGGGCUUCCACAUAAGUCGUGUUCGAGGACGCUCUCCAACUUUUGAUGUCCCGUUUGCACUGAGAUUUCCCUGGAGAGUUUCAGGUAAGUCGCAGGUAAGUCACUGCGAAGAGGGGGUGUCACCUUCCCUGGACCCAGAGCUGAAUGCUGCUUCCCCACCCCCACGUUCAUAUACACACCCCCUCUUCGCUCCCUCCAAACAGUUAUCACAACUCUGUACAAACUGAUACGGUCCCUAGCGGGCAAAGGGACUGGAAAUGAACGUCGCGGGGUUAUCAGCGCCGAUCUGUCAGCGGCGACUCGCGCGGCCGCAGGCUCGUCCGCUGCAGGAGCCGUGAUAUAUGUGUCGCUCCCUUUCGCUCACAGAAAGGAUUUCUUCCGACAGACGUGACCCCAGAAGGCUGCCGAGGGAGACUUUAGGACAAAAGGAGUUGUUUUUUUAGGGAAGGGAGAGGAGCCUGUGCAGAGUUGAACUGGGGUGGAGAGGUGCGUUGUAAAGUAUGGUUUCCAGAGACGGUGAGACCUCGUCGCUAAGCGUUGUUUCCUCUGCAUGUAACUUACAAGGAUGUCUGCGUGGAUAUCCCUGGACACUCGAUACCCCCCGGGGACCUGCUCUUCCCGCAGCUCCGCAGACGCGGCAGGAGGGCGCGCUGGCCCCGGCGCUGCUGGGACAGAGUUUAAAUCUCGGAAAACCAAAAACACCCUUUAGAAACGUCAGGUGGUGGCGGCGGAAACUCAAAGGUCGCCCCCACCCCCAGCGCGGGCUCCCCGCCGCCGGCCACUUCGGGGGAAGGACCGCGCAGAGGCAGCGUCGGGGUCCCCGGGCGGUCGGAAUCGAGGCCCCGCGCGUUGCGCAGGCCAGGCCCGGCUCGGAGGCCCCUCGCCCGGCGCAGCCCCCGGCCGACCCCCGCGCGCCGCCGGCGGCCGCCAGCACGGCGCGGAGGUGGGCUCGCGGCGGCGGCGCACGAAAGGUCACCGCGGUGGCAUUCCUCUCCGCGCUGUUUACGUGACUUAAUGUACUCGCUGCGCCGCGGUCUGUUAUCUAGGCCACCCAAUGACCGACGAAAGAUUUUCCCUCCCUGCUUCUCCCGUAGCCGCUUUAAACCAAAUAAAUUUAGCUAUUAAGGGCCAAGAUGUCUGACAAAAGAUCGAAAGGUGUCUUUCCGUGAUCGCUUAAAGAAGCGAAGGAGAAGCUUGCGGCUCUCAAAUCCCGAUAAAGAAAUUCCGCGCCGGCGCCGGCCUCCCUCCCCGAGGCCUGGUUGCUCCCUGACGCCCUAAGACCCCGACUUCGGCGGCCGCAGACCUCGGAUGGGCCCGGCGGGACCUGUGGCUGCCGCCUGGGGAAGGUGGAGGUUCCCGGGCUGCGGGGUCAGGGAGUGCCAGGUCCUAGGAGACAGGGUGGACACGGGGGUCCCCGGGAGCUCUGGAGCUCCAGGUGGGGAUCUUAAAACGGCCCCCCUGCACUUGGGGGAAAAACUAAACCGAGCUCAGGAGGCCGAAAUUACCACCCCGUUUUGAUUAUUUUCUGAUACUAAAUAAUAAAGAUAAACCCAACCGCCCCCACCUACCAUCCCACUCCCUGUGGGUCUGCUAAGGGGCAGUGUGCUGG